AUGGACCCGCCGGCCCCGGCUUCCUGCGCCGCCUCCUCGGCUGCUCUGUCUCCCGCGGAUUCUUUGUCGCCCCCUCUAGCCUCGGAUGUCCUCGUCGUCGGGACUGGACUCUCGGCCUGCGUCUGCGCCGCGGCCCUCGCCCGCCGCGGGGCGCGGGUUGUUCAGGUCGAAGAGUCGGGGACCUACGGCGGCGCCUACCAGAGUAUGCGUCUGUCGGAGUUGAUAGACUGGGCCUUGGCGGGCGAAUGCGCCGGCAGAAACAACGGAGAGGAGGGAAGAGAGACCCAGACGCAGGUGCCCGACCGGACGCCGAUCCUUGUCCUGGAGAAGAGCGAGGAAGAGAACGCGGUGAGCUUGGCGUGCCGAGUCGCGGAGGAUCGCCUAGAAGAUCAGAGUGAGGCAACGGGGCAGGGAGGCACAGAUGCAUGCACUGCUGCGCGUGACCGGGAAUGCCCUGACAACGCCAUCGACAAAAGAGCCUCAGAGCCUUUCUUGUCUCCAACGCAGUUCCAACCUCGCGGAGGCCCCGGCAGGGGUUUCGGAGACUUCUUCUCUCGCCACGUUUCCUUUUUUCCCUUCGCAGAAAAGUCGGAGGUUUCUGGGGUUCGCCCCGGCCUCGCAUCCGGCUCCGACGUUCGAGGCGUGCGCGCGCCUGCAAGCGUGCCCGGGGCGUCGAGCGUACAGAGGCCUCGCGGUGGCGACACGGCGCCGCCACGCGCGACGCAGACAGAGAGCGACUCCGUGUGGAGAAAGCGAACCAUGGAAGCGCUGCUUCAACCGUCGACAAGCAAUGGAUUCAGCCUCGACUUACUUCCGCGCAUUCUGUACAGCAACAGUCCGAUGGUCAACAUUCUUGUCGAAAGUGGCGCUGCUCGGUACCUCGAGUUCCGGCCUCUCGAAGCGCCAGUGUACGUGGCAGACCUCGAGAUGGAGACCGAGAACUUUACGUGGGGCAUGCACGGGGACAGGCACGCGCGCGCGCACUUGCGUGAGGACGCCGAGGCAGGCGGCCGAGCGGAAAAGCGAGGCAGGUCCGCCUGCGCCGAGCACACAGGGCGUACAGAGAACGCGAUUGGCUCAGCUUGCCACGAGGACGGAAGCGACGAAGUGAAACGGCGCAAGACGGGAGUGGGCGACGCGGCGGGCGCCAACCGGCCGGCGGGGCAUUCCGAGAGCAGCGCGACGCAAAGAAGUACGCCGCUGCUCGGCCGCGGGGGCAGUCCGCAGGUUGGCAAAGACGGCGCAGCUCACAUGACCUUGGAGGCUGUUCCGCUGAGUCGAAGCGCCAUCUUUGGGAGCUCUGUCCUGACGCUGCGCGAGAAGCGCUCGCUGAUGAAAUUCGUAUCUGGAGUCGCUUCCCAGUUCCUCAGUCCACAGUUCCUCUCUGCCGCCCACUGCUGGGGAAGGAAGGAGAAUGGCUCGCCGAAAGGCAGAGCGGCGACGCCUGGUCGGGGUGAAGCCGGGGCAAGGGGGGGUCUGGCCGGCGACGAGGACGAAAAGGAAAACCUAGAAAACGGGGAAGGUUCGUUGUCUUGGGAAGCGUUUCUGCGCCGGCAUGAUUUAACAGAACGUCUUCAACGUUACCUUACGUUUGGAGUCUGUCUCUCUGAGUUUCCUCUCUUGGGAGCAACCGGCGCGGCGGCGCGGGUUUCUCCGGUCUCUUCGUUGUCCCCUCGAGCUCUCUCGGACGAGAAAGCCCUUCUGGCCGGCUCCUCGCCAUCGCCCGCGAGGGAGGCAAACUCGCUGCCACACAGCUUGGUUUGCUCGGCCAGGGAGGGACAGAGGCGCCUCGAGUUGUUUGUGCAGAGUGUCGGCGUGUACAGUCGGCAGACUGCUUCCGACGGAGCGUGGCUCUAUCCGCUCUUUGGGACGUCGGACUUGCCCCAGGCCUUUGCUCGGGUGGCCUCACUCAGCGAAGCGGUCUGCAUGCUGCGCGCAGGCAUUCAAGAGGUGAAGGUUUGGCUGAGAGACGAUGCCGCUUUGCGAGGCCUGGAGGCAGACGACGGGCUGCCGGCCAGCGAUGAGGGGGCGACGGAGAAGGAAAGGACGCAGAGAAGGCGACCGCGCUCUUUGAGUGCGGCUGCUCCCGAAGCGGAUUUCUGCGAUGUCGCGAGGGAAAGGGGAAAGGAGCUUGAGGUGCACUUAACCAAUGGAGAGAGGGUGAGAACGCACCUCAUCCUGUUCGAGUCCGAUAGUCUGCCCGCAAUGGACACGCCAGUUUGGAACACGUGUGGCGUGAAGGCAGGGGCACGGCGCGGCAGUGUCGCCGAGCGCCCCGGCGGUGUUUUCGGCCAGAAAGCCGCCCCCGCGUCUCUACGUCAGACGCUGUUCGGAGAGUCCCUCCCCGAAGACAACCGAGCAGCAUCGGACCCGUCUGUUUCCACGGGCAGCGCCAGAGGCCGGAAAAGCGAGGAGAUUGGCGGGAGAGCACGGCCAGCGUCAACUGACGCGGACACCCGCGGCCAUCCUCGUGAUGCUCUGAAGCGUCCAGCGAGGGUGGAGACGGAGAGCGUCUCCCUGUUCUCCUGUCACCUCAUCGCCAUCUGCCGCAAACCGGUGCUGGACGGCCCGGGCUUCCGCAUGUGCGUUUGCUCAGUGCGGGCAGGCACAGAGGACGCACGCGAGGUUCAGACGGAGGAUCCCAAGGCUCGGAAACACCUGGAAACGGACGCGACGCAACGUGUGCGGGGGGCCGACUCCGAUACACCCAUCAACUCUGCGCGUCCCUUCUCGACCGCUCGCUGGCCCGUCCACAUUCUUCAGACCGACGCCUCAUGCGCCACAGCGCCCCGAGACUUCACGGUCCUUCACCUCGUCCACGUAGGGUGUCCCGCGGUGGGGCCCUGUGGGUGUUGGCCACCGCGCGCGUCCGCAAACGGCCACUCUGGGGGGGGCGACGCCAGAAAACGAAAAGCGGCGGCGGGAAGCGAGGGAGGAGGCCUGGGCACAGGUGACAGCUGUGCGGUGGAUCGGCGACGAGAUGGAGAGGAGAUGCACAAAGGCCGCUGUGGAGGAUCCGUGAGAACACAAGGAAGCAUCCCGUGCAAAAUUCUCAGAGAAGUCCUGCGCUCUCUCCUGGAGAGGGCUCAGGAUGGGAAGCCGGACGACGACUGCUUGCUGGCCUGCUCCUUUGUUUUCUGCCCAGCCGUGGAGCGCCCUCGCGACGCUGCGCUGGCCGAGCGAGCAAGCAAGCGCUUCGAAGGCUUCCUGAGGGGCUUCCGAGAGGGCCCGCUGAUGCCCGUAGACGCUCUGGAGCGUAUUAAACGCAUGCGUUCGGGCCACGCAAAAACCUCGGAAAGGGAUGUGGUAGACGCCUCUGUGCAGGAGCCGAAUAGCCCGUCUGGAGCUGGUGUCGGUACAGCGCCGCGAGCAACGGACGCAAAUGCUGGGACUGCCGAAGCGGAGGCGAUUUGCGAAACGACGGACGACGCCCAUGGGGUGAAUCAUACCACGCUGGACCACUCGGCGCCGGCAAGGGACGAACCGUCUGCAGCCAACGAAGAGACUGCGGGGGAGCGAACCUGUCAAACGCUGUCGGCCACGACUGCAGCUUCUCGGAAAGAAGACAAAGACACUUCUGGUUCUCAAGUGGCUACAGGGGCCGAGGAAAAUAACGGCGCGGCAGCACAAGUCACCAGAGGAACGCUUCUCGAAGCGAGCGGCGUGAAGGGCUGCGGAUUCGCGCUUCUGCCUUCCGCCCCGGUGACUCCCUUCUUCUCUCUGUUGUCCGAACCUGUUGCUUGUCGCGACGUCCUGUCGUCUCUCCUCGCAUUUAAGGAGACGCUCAAAGUUGACGACGUGGUCCCCAAGCACAUCCUCCAGGGGCUGGAGGAAGUGGAAGAGCUUCAGAGGGCGAUGAAUGCUCCCUACGAACAGCUCGAUAAACUCGGCAUAUCAGCCACUCGCGAAGGAAACGAGCUGUGA